GAGAGCACCGCCACAAGAGGCGGUGCAGUCCCAAGUUCCAGGAUCAUGUUCACCACAAAGUAAAACACACCAGCCGUUUCACCACAGCCAAGCUCCUCACCAAAACAACCCACCACCUCAUCCUCUCCCAGCCUCAACCUUCCAACAUGGUGGAGGACGCCUCAGCCCUCGAAUUCAAGUCCCGUCACGGCGACCCUUUCGCGUCUCAAGAUGCUCCGAGCAGUUCAACCGACAAUACUAGCAGCAACCCUGCCAACGACAACAAGCCCAAACCCGACAUCUACACGCGCACAGACACUAGCACUACUCUUCCAUGUCCAACCUUCUUACCGAGCCUGAUUACGACGCCCCUGCCCGGCUUCGAAAAGAAGAGAAAAAUAAAGCUCGAAGUCCCAAUCGGAUACCAAACUUCCGCCAGCGCCACGCCAUGGACGAAUGCAGCACCCGGCCCAGAGCUCCUACUCGCUCUAAACGUGCUGUCCAACGCCGCUUCGGGAUCGCCCUCAGGAUCCUGUUUCCCCCAACUCGGCAACCUCCCAGCAGAGCUCCGCCUCAUGGUCUGGACCUUCGCUGCGUUUAUCCCCCGUCGCUUAAACAUCACUCACGAGCAGGAGCCCCGAAACGACGGCUCUUGUGCGGCGCCAGCGCUGCUCGCUGUAUGCAGAGAAGCACGCGACGUCGCGUUGAAGUGCUAUGGGUGGUGUUAUCUAACCGUACUCAAAGGCGAAAAGCUCACAAGCAAAGUACGGUGGGCAAUCAGGUCCUUCGACGACUACUUGCGGCUUGUCGACGAGAGGCAGGCCGAGCCGAGCUACGCUGUGGUACUUGUGAACCCGUAUGCCGACUAUUUUGUUAGUGGGGAAACCGACACGCGUGUGCUGGGGUGGCGGGGCUCGAAGAAUCGGAUUGAGUGUACGCUGCGUGCGUGGUGUGUGACGGAGCCAGCAGUGUUUCCGACGAUGUGGCGUGAACGGGAGAAGUUCAUAUUUGAGAGGAAGGAGAAGGGCGGGAAUAUGAUAUGUUUGAAGCAUUGGAUGUACGGGGAGGGCCACCAGGUGCCGUCCAGAAUGGAAGAUUGGGAGAGGUGUAACUAUAGGAUUACGGGGGUGCAUUCUGUCGAGGAGUGCUUGAGCAAGAGAGAAAAGGUCGUAAGAUGGACUGACGACGAGUUGUACAGUACCUAAGCCACAAGUCUAGUUACAUGAAUGUAGCAGUCCUUGAGCUCGACUCUUGCCCGCUCGAUACCACUGUCAGGAGUGGCCUAGCUGUGAGGUAAACAGUAAGUCAAGAGGCAGCUUGAUUCAUGCUGCGUUGACCUUGACAUCGGCUUCAGAUGUUUGUACGUUCCAGCACAUGAAUAUACCUUUGCACGGGCUCCACUCUUGCUCGCUCAACACUACCGUCAGGAGGAGCC